GGCGACCAUGGAACCCCUGAACUCUAUCAACACAGCCUUCGCACUGAAGCUGUACAGUGAAUUGAGCCAAGAGGACCCAACUGCCAACCUGUUCUUCUCACCCGUCAGUUUGUUGUCAGCGCUGGCCAUGGUCUUUCUGGGCACACGGGGCAGCACCGAGGCACAGAUGGCCAAGACUCUUCAUUUUGACAUGCUGAAAGAUAUACAUCCGAGAUUCCAGAGCCUGAACUUUAAAAUCAAUAAUCAUGGAGCUUCCCACUUCCUGAGGAUCGCCAACAGGCUAUAUGGAGAGAAGACGUACAAGUUCCUCCCCGAGUUCUUAGAUUCGACCAAAAAAUUGUAUGGAGCUAAGCUGGCCCGCGUGAACUUCCAGCAUGCAUCAGAAGAGGCCAGGAAGGUGAUCAAUGAGUGGGUCAAAGGACAGACGAAAGGGAAAAUCCCAGAAGUCUUGGCCAAAGGGAUGGUGGACAGCAUGACCAAACUGGUGCUGGUGAAUGCCGUCUACUUCAAAGGGAAGUGGAAGGAGGAAUUUUCCAAACAAGUCACACAGGAAGCUACGUUCAGGCUGAAUAAGAAAGACACUAAGAAGGUGAUGAUGAUGUAUCAGAAGAACAAAUUCCCCUUGGGCUACAUCAAGGACCUCAAGUGCAAAGUGCUGGAGCUUCCAUACCAGGGCGACGAGAUUAGCAUGGUCAUCCUGCUGCCCAAUGACAUUGAGGAUGGAACCACUGGCCUCCAGAAGAUUGAAAAGCAGUUGAAUUUGGAGACCCUGAACAAUUUGACGAACCCUAAAGAAAUGUCUGUUAAGAUGAUGGAAGUCUAUCUGCCCAGGUUCAAGCUGGAGGAGAAUUACAUCCUCAAUUCCCACCUCACCCACAUGGGCCUGACCCAGCUCUUUGAUCAGAGUGAGGCUGAUUUGUCUGGCAUGUCAGGGGACAGAGAUCUUUUUAUUUCCAAAGUUAUGCAUAAGUCCUUUGUGGAAGUUAAUGAGGAAGGCACAGAAGCUGCUGCAGCAUCAAGCUCUGUUUUCAAACCCCGAACGGCAGUGAUACAAUUCAUGUGUGACCACCCCUUCCUCUUCUUCAUCCGUCACAAUCCCACCAAAAUCAUCUUCUUUCUGGGCAGGUAUACUUCCCCAUAA